AUGAUCCCUCAAUUGCUCCAGCGCUCAUCGAGGGCAUGUCCCCGGUACAAUCCAGCGCUCUACCGCCUAUCUACAACCUCUCAGCAGCGACCUGGUCUAACCCAGACCUUCUGGACCUCUGCCCCGCGUCGCGAACAGCCUCGGACACCCACAGACUCGAAAUCCACGACUACGAAGCCAUCGGCCGUGUUUCCCGCAAUCAAGCAACCCACGAAACAAAAUGAUCCUCUUGCGACGGUCGAGAAGUCUGCCCCGGAGCAGCGCAAGGCUGACUGGGCUAUCAUGAAAGAGAUGACUCGCUAUUUGUGGCCGAAGGAUGACUGGGGUACCAAGCUCCGAGUCAGUCUCGCUGUUUCUUUGUUGAUUGGCGCAAAAGUCCUCAAUGUUCAAGUUCCCUUCUACUUCAAGGGCAUUGUAGACUCUAUGAACAUUGAUGUUGCCGCUGUGGGAGGUACUGCGACGACAGUUGCCGGAGCCAUGAUCCUAGCAUAUGGCGCAUCUCGAAUUGGCGCAACAGUAUUCCAGGAACUGCGAAACGCUGUUUUUGCUUCUGUCGCACAAAACGCUAUUCGAAAAGUUGCCUGUAAUGUCUUUGAUCAUUUGUUGCGACUCGAUCUUACAUUCCAUCUUUCCAAGCAAACCGGUGGGCUGACCAGGGCUCUCGAUCGUGGUACCAAGGGAAUCAGCUUUAUUCUGUCCAGCAUGGUUUUCCAUGUCUUACCAACUGCUCUUGAAAUUAGCAUGGUUUGCGGAAUUCUUACUUACAACUACGGCGCCAAAUUUGCUGCUCUCACCGUUUUGACAAUGGUCAGCUACACGGCAUUUACUAUAUGGACAACCGCUUGGCGAACAAAGUUCCGAAGACAAGCCAAUGCGGCAGACAACAAGGCUUCUACCGUGGCAGUGGACUCACUCAUCAACUACGAGGCUGUCAAGUACUUUAACAACGAAAAGUUCGAGGUUGCGAGAUACGACAAGGCUCUUGGACAGUAUGAGAAGAACUCCAUCAAAGUUGCGACAUCUCUGGCCCUUCUUAACAGUGGACAAAAUAUCAUCUUCUCCUCGGCUCUUACUGGAAUGAUGUACCUUGCCGCCAAUGGUGUGGCUGAGGGUACUUUGACGGUCGGUGACCUAGUUAUGGUCAACCAGCUUGUUUUCCAACUCUCUGUCCCUCUCAACUUCCUCGGAUCCGUCUACCGUGAGCUUCGACAGUCUCUGCUGGAUAUGGAGACUCUGUUCAACCUCCAAAAGGUCAACGCCAACAUCAAGGAGAAGGCCGGUGCGAAGCCUCUGGUUCUCUCCAAGGGCGGCGAGAUCAAGUUUGAGAACGUCAACUUUGCUUACCACCCUAACCGCCCUAUUCUCCGCGAUCUGUCCUUGACAAUCCCUGCUGGAAAGAAGGUCGCUGUUGUUGGCCCCAGCGGAUGUGGAAAGUCUACUCUGUUGCGUCUCUUGUUCCGAUCCUAUGAUGUCCAGGGUGGCCGAGUCCUGAUUGAUGACCAAGAUAUUCGCGAUGUCGACCUCGAGUCUCUGCGUCGCUCUAUCGGUGUUGUCCCCCAGGAUACCCCUCUAUUCAACGAUACAGUUGAGCACAACAUCCGAUACGGUUCUAUCAACGCUACUCACGAAGAAGUCGUUGCUGUCGCCAAGCGUGCCCACGUCCAUAAUACCAUCCAGUCUUUCCCUGACGGUUACGAUACCAAGGUUGGUGAGCGCGGACUCAUGAUUUCCGGUGGCGAGAAGCAGCGUCUUGCUGUCAGCCGUAUCCUGCUCAAGGAUCCUCCUCUGCUAUUCUUCGACGAGGCUACCAGUGCCUUGGAUACUCACACCGAGCAAGCCCUUAUGAUGAACAUCAACAGCAUUCUUCGCGAAAGGGGACGAACAAGCGUCUUUGUCGCUCAUCGUCUACGUACGAUUUUUGAUUCUGAUCUUAUUAUUGUCCUUAAGGAGGGACAUGUGGCGGAGAUGGGUACACACCGGGAGUUGAUUGACCGUGAUGGUGUUUAUGCUGAGUUGUGGAGUGCCCAAGAAACAAUGUUUGGAGAAGACGGAAAAGAGAAGAGCGAGGAAGAGAAUGAUCAAAAGAAGAACUAA